AUGAUCACGGUCCCUACGCAAGAGAUUGCGGCCUUUCUAGGUAAUCAUCUCGACCAUGUCCUUCAGAGGACCGGCAAGAACUUUCUGACGUCGGUAGCGGCCGAUCGCGAGUUCCGAGCUGGAUGCGCCAUCAUGGAUGUCUUGAACGCUGUCGAGUCGGUCCAGUCAAAUCUGCGACUCUUGUUGGAGAAGAAUGGUGGAGCCAAAAGCCGCCCUUCAGAGCUUCAAGGACUCGAAGUAAGGGUGGUGUCGCUCUACCUCUUACACUGUCUUUACAGCUACGUGCCCAUCCACCAGAACCCUUUCCUUUGUCUUUUCGUCGAUAUCUACAACCUGGCCUCGCAGGACGAGAGUUUGAAGUCGGAGCGAUUUGUGACAAGCCUGAUCCUCAACGGAAAAGGAGAGGAGUUGGCACCAAAGACCCCAUCCGAACUCAUUGCGCUAUCACAGAAGCAGGAAUCGAGACCUGUGAACCUGGGACAACUGGAGGAAUUCUUGCCGGAAGUUUCAAUAGAAGAUCAGGUCAAGGUCGGACUGGGCUGGAGCAGUCAGCAAAAGCGGGACGACAAGAAGAGAGUCUGGGAAACAUUCACGAUAGGCAGCUUGCAAGGCAAUGAGGGUCAACCCACGACAGGCGCCAAUGGAGUUAAGGGAAAUGGCACCACUACAACCUCGAAGGAGACAGCACUAGCAGCGUCAGGAGAAAACAAGAACGAUGCCGAGGAAGAAGAGGAACUGGAGGAGUGGGAGAUUGAGGCUGAGCGACGGUUCCAGGAUUCAGAUACGGACGAAGCACCUUCGCUGCCAGCACCGGCUGUCAAGAAGGCACCCGUGAAGGCCAAGGUCGUCGAGUCUGAGCCUGUGAUGAAGAAGGUCAGCCCUGUCCUGGAAUCGACAACUGCCUCCCAGCCUACGGAACAGGACCAGGUCAAACGGCGGCGAAAGACUUGGGCGCGAAAGUAG